AUGGAGGCAGCAUCUGCGCGCAUGGCCGCCCGCGACCGCUACGGCGCGUUUGGCGAGGCCCCGAGCAGCCCACUGCAGCGCUUCAUACUGCAGGCGUGCGACCCGCAGAACCUGGAGCCGAACCUCGCGCUGAACCUCGAGAUCACGGACCUGAUCAACCAGAAAAAGGGCUCCGCACCCCGCGAGGCAGCCGUGUCCAUUGUGCACCACGUCAACCACCGCAACCAGAACAUCGCCCUGCUCGCGCUCAGUCUCCUCGACAUCUGCGUCAAGAACUGCGGCUACCCGUUCCACCUGCAGAUCAGCACCAAGGAGUUCCUCAACGAGCUCGUCCGCCGCUUCCCUGAGCGCCCGCCCGUGCACUCGUCACGCGUACAGAACCGCAUCCUCGAGCUGAUCGAGGAGUGGCGCCAGACAAUAUGCCAGACGUCGCGCUACAAGGACGACCUGGGCUUCAUCCGGGACAUGCACCGCCUGCUCAGCUACAAGGGCUACAUGUUCCCUGAAGUCCGCCAGGAAGACGCCGCCGUCCUCAAUCCCAGUGAUAACCUUCGCUCCCCUGAGGAGAUGGAAGCAGAGGAACGAGAAGCGCAGUCGGCGAAGCUCCAAGAGCUCAUCCGCCGCGGCGGGCCGCAGGACCUGCAAGAAGCAAACAAGCUCAUGAAGGUCAUGGCUGGCUACGACCAACGGAACAAGACAGACUGGCGCGCAAAGGCCGCCGAGGAGGUGGGCAGGAUCCAGCAGAAGGCCCGCCUGCUCGAGGAGAUGCUGAGUGGCUACCGGCCCGGCGACCAGCUCAACGAGGGCGACGUCUUCGAGGAGCUCGCGAGCGCCCUGCAGAACGCGCAGCCCAAGAUCCAGAGGAUGUGCGAAGAGGACUCGGAAGACACAGAGGCUGUCGCCAAGCUGUUCCAGAUCAAUGACAGCAUCCACCGCACAAUACAGCGAUACAAGCUGAUCAAGAGCGGCGACAUCGAGGGCGCAAACAAGAUUCCACAAGGCACGCUGGGGCGCAGCGGCGCUGGAGUCUCCAAGGGCGCGAACAACGAACUGAACCUGAUCGAUUUCGGCGAUCCAGAACCUGCGCCAGCCCCUGCGCCAGCACCUGCGCCAGCCCCUGCUGCGUCAGCGUCAGGACAGCCGGCUGCCAAGGGCAACGCGCUCGAGGACGACCUGCUAGGGCUGUCUCUGGCCGGUGACAGCUACGGACAGUCAGGCAGCAUAGCACUCGGCGGCUCAAACGGGUCGGUCCUCGGUCUGUCAGGAGUGCCGGUCCCCCAGCAACAAAAGGCCUCGAACCAGGCCAUCACCGACCUGUUCGCAUCAGGGCCACGCUCCACACCGCCCCCACCGCAGAUCUCGUCACCGCCGCCAUCUGCUACAUUCUCGUCCGGCCCGGCUCAACCCCGCACGCCAGAUCCGUUUGCCGCCCUCACAUCGACACCGCGCGGAGGGUCACCGUUCCAGUACCAGCAAUCAGUCAAGCCACCAGCGCCCGCGUCUGCCGCAGUCGAUCUCCUCGGCGGCGACAUUUCCGCGCCAACGUCGAACCUGGCGCAGAGCAGCACAAGCGCAGCAAACGACGACGACGAAUGGACCUUCGCGUCAUCCGUCCCCGACACAUCCAAAGAGCUCACAGUCGUCAACUCCAGCAUAAGUGUGCUCUUCACCGUCUCGCGCGAAUCAGACACAACCCUGCUCAUCACCUCGCGCGCAUCCAACAACACCCCGCUCCCCAUCUCGGGCCUGACACUGCAGGUCGCAGCGUCAAAGGGCGCAACCCUGCAGCUUGACCCCCAGUCCGGCGUCAACCUCGCCCCGAACCAGAAGCACGGCAUCACGCAGACCAUCAGGGUUAACAACGUGCAGCGCGGGGCCGGCGCCGGUGUCAAGAUGCGCUGGAAGGCGUCGUACGCGCUCGGCGGGCAGCAGAAGAGCGAGCACGGCGAGAUCCCUAGCUUGGGCGUGGACUAA